AUGAUGUUUGCUGGGUAAGAAGGUUACCGGUAUGACGAUAAACAUUUAUAGGAGAUUAUUUAAUAAUUUACAAAGUAAGGCUUUACAGAAGAAUAAGUUAUAUAAGCAUGGUAAAGGAGUAAUUGCAGACCUGAUCAAAUUUCUUACCAUUUAAUGAAGAAUUAGUCAUUGUUAUCAUAGUAAAAAGAAGAGGAGAAAAUGAUUCAACAAGCUAUCGAAUUAUCUAUUAGGAAUCAAAAUGAAACAUGCAUUUAAGAUGCUGAAAAUUAUUUAAGGACUGAAGAUCCUAUCGGACUUUAAAAUCUAGGAAGAACUUGCUACUUUAAUUCAUUUCUCCAAACGCUUUAUCAUAUUCGUGAAUUAAGAGAUCCUAUAUUAAAACUUGAACUUUCUGAAAAUAAUGAAAACGUGCCUGAAUAAAGAGCUAAGCUUAACGAAAUGCUCAAAUAGUUUUAACUGACUUUUGCAGCUAUGCUUAAAUCUCAGAAGAACUUUACUGAUCCAACUGAUCUUUUUGAAGUUCUCAAAGGAUUAAGUGGUUAGAUAUAUAAAUAAGGCGAAGAGAAUGAUUUUUGGGAGUUCUAAAAUUCUACUUUAGAAUAUUUAGAACAAUCAUUUAUGAAAGAAAGCGAAAUCGAUACAGCAGAUUUAUUUAAAAGUUAUUUACGCUUGUAAAAUAAUAGUUUGUUGAGGGGAAAUAGUAGCACUUUUACUAACUCAAAAAAUAUAAAAUUACAAAACUAUGAAUAUAAUAAUAAUAAUAAUACUAAUAAUAAUAAUAAUAGCAGUAUAACUAAUGUAAAUAAUGAUUAAAUUAAAAAACAGGAAUCUAACAUGAUGGAUGAAGAGUUUAUUAUAUAUGAUACCUAAUAGACUUUAGCUACUUUUACUGAUAAUUAAGCAUCUAGUAUGAGUACAACUAUUGUUGACUCUGAAAAUAAUAAAGGCAGUUAAGUAUGUAACUCAUAGCUUAUUUAGGAGUCUAAUAAGUUAAGUUCAUCAUAAUUAUAGAGUUAAAGUCAAGAAAGGUAGCUUUCUUUAUAAAAGCAAGAAAGCAAUAAAAAAAAGGCUAAAAAGCUAAAAAAUCCAAUAACAGAGUUAUUCUUUGGAGUUGGAGAAGAAAAAGUAACAAUCUAUUCUCAAGAGAAUAAUUCAAUUGAAGUUAAAGUUCAUGAUAUACCUAUAGGAAUCUUUAAUUUAGAUGCUAAAAUGGGUGACCUAUAUGCAGCUUUGAAUUCAUAUUUCUAGUACUAAGUAGCUGACUAUUAACCAGAGCCAGUUGAUAAUUUGACUCAGUCAGUAAUAAUAAAAAAGCAGAAAAAAGUAGAUAUAGCAUUAAGUAUAAAAACUGCCCCUAAGAUACUAAAUUUCUAUAUAAAUAGAAUUUUCUACAACAAAGAAUUAAAUUGUGCAGAAAAAUUAAAUAAAAAGUUUACAUUUGAUAAAGAAAUAUAUAUUGAUAACUAUAUAUAAGGUAAAGACAAAGAGUUUGAAGAAUAAAAAAAACAAAUUGAAACAAUUGAUAACUAAUUAACUGCAUUAGAGAAUAAACUUUCAAAAUUCGAUAAUUAUAUAAAUUAAGAAGGAAACAGUGGUAGUCUACCAGUUUUAUCUGCUAUGAAUCUAAUAAAAUCUUAUUUUUAGACUCAAGUCAACAAAUAAGAUAAUUUUAUAGAUAUAGAAGAAAUAAUUAGCGAUGUUAUACAUGAAAAUGAUAAUGUUGAUGUCGGAGUAUUAGGUCAAAAAUAGCAACUGAUAUAAAUGAUAUAAACUUUGGAUUAAUAUUAUUUGCAAAUAAAGAAAAAUAAAGAUGUCUUAGAAAAGAAAAUCAAAGAGCUUAAAGAUUAAAAAUAAUAUUGGUAAAAUUAAAAUAAAACUAUUAAAUAUGAGCUCUUUUCAAUUCUUAUCCACUAGGGAUAUGCAAAUACUGGACAUUAUUACUGCUUUAUAUAUGAUGACAAAAAGUAAUGCUGGUAUAAAUUUAAUGACAGUAUUGUUACAAAAGUAACUGAAGAAGAGGUAUUCAAACAAAGCUAUGGAGAUUAAGAUAAUAAUUGCAAUGCAUGCUGCUUAUUUUACAAGAACUCCUAAACAAAGGUGAACCCUAAUAAACCAGUAGAAAUUUCAGCCCGUUUAAAAGCAGAAGUUUAGAAAAAAGAUUAAGCCUUUUUAGAAAAAAUAGAUGAAAUUAAAAUAAGGAGAAAGCUGUAAGAAGUUAAAUAAGAUUUUUUGAACUAUACCAAAGAGAUUAAAGAAGCUUAAUAUAAAAUAUAAUUGAAUAAAAAUGCAAAUAAUAUUUUUACAAAAUUCUACAAUUGCACCAAUUUCAAGUUCUAUCUAUUUAAUUCCAAUGAAUAACAAAUUUAAGGCUUUGGUAAAAGAACCAUGUUAAUGGAAACUAUAGAGAAGUAAGAUUUUUCAUAACUCGAGUAAAGUUUAGCUAAAAAAGAAAAUUUGUAUCAAGGAAUAAUUCUUUUCUAUGAGCAUAUGUAAUUAGAUUAAGGAGUUUGUGGAUAAAUUUUGAAUGAUUAAGAAAAGAGAGAGUUGCAUUUAUAAGAAUAAAUUUAUACUAACAUUUUGAAGUUCUUAAAUAUAAUAGCCAAUAUUUUAAAUGAUAAUAAUAAUUACAUAAAUAAUUUUAGAAUUAUGGGAAGUUUAAGGAAGAUGCUUAGCUCAUAAGCGUUUUCAAAUUACUCUUCUAAUGUCUAUUUUAACCUAAUUAAGUUUAACUUAAAAUAUAUUCACGAAGUAUUUAUUUUAAAAUCUUGUUUUAUGAUUGAUAAGUAUUUCCAUCAAGGUUAACUUCCAAGUGCUUUUAGCCUUCUAAAUCAAAUAGUCUUAACAUAUCUUCAAUUUUAUUAUGUUGAGAAAGUAGAUAGUGAAAAGUAAAAGAAAGAUUCUUAAAAUGAUAAAAAUUAAAUUAACAUGAUAAAAUCUAGUUUUGAAUCACCUGAGUUUUCUUCAAAUAUUGGAACUUAAUUAUAUAAUAAUCUAAAGUAAACCAAAUUUAACUUUGAGAAGUAGCUUGGCUAAGAUGAAAAAUCUAAACUUGAUGGUCAGAUCAAUUUACUUUAAUCUCCAGAAAAAUUCCCUCAAUCAAAAAAUAGAUGUAAUUAAGUAUUCGAAGAGAUCAUUUUAGAAAAGGACAUCAAUAUAAACGACAGUGAAAUAGUUUUCAAAGUUUAUGAUUAAUAUGAAAUCUUCUUAAAGAGAUCAGAUGUAUGGAUUUAAUAAUUAAAAAAGCUUCAAAUAUAAAAAUUCUUGAUUCCUCAAGAAGAGAGACUAAGUUAAGAGGAAGUUCUAUAUUUCGAUUGA